AUGGCGUCUUACCAGAGCUUGUUUUUCCCCCUUCUACUGCUGCUCCUUGCUCUUCUUCACCACAUAUGCAUCCCACUCUGCUCAUGCGAAGCCCUCAAAGGAGUAGCCAACUCCCCCUUAAGUGACAGUUCCAACGAUACCAAUCAACAUACUCAAAAGACGCAACUAAUAAACUCCCUAAAAAAAAAAGCCAACCAAAUUAGAAAAUUGUAUAACACAUUAAACAAGAAAAACGAAAACCUCCCUCUUUACCUUUUUGCAAACGACAAUGAUGAGGAAAAAAGACAAAUACUGAAGGGUCUCUUUUUGAGGGGUCAUUUGGACUUCCUGCAGGGCCUCAACACCCCUUUGUCGAAAUACUACCUGUCCAUGCGUAGCUCGCGGAGGGCGCAGCGCACACAUGUCGAAGCCAAAAUACGCAACGAACGGGACCUCAUCAACGGUCUAAGCGUGGAAAAUAAAAAAAGACACGUCGAGGAAAAGCUCCAGGAGUAUCGAUUUUUAAAAGACAACCUUCUGCAGCUGUACUCGACCAUAGAGAAGCGCUUCAAAUCCGUGGACUCCUUAAUGGCCCGCUUGGACGUGAACCCGAAAAAAUAA